AACCGCAGCCUCCUUUUCCACCACUUAAUUCUUACUCUCUGCCUGCGGUGUCGCACCUGGAUGGAACGCGCAUGCGCAGGGCUGUGUCUCCUCCAGCCUUCUUCCCUCAGCUCUAGGAUACGUGCUGCUUUGCUGCUGCAGCUUUGUGCCAUUUUUCUUAGGGAUCUUACACCGUUCUGGACACACGUCAGUGAGUUACUCGGAACGUGUUACUCCCCAGAGCUGCUUUUGAGGGCUGGGAGGUUGGUUAGCUCUCCUGCCGCAGCCAGGGGCCGGUUUUCGGGGAGUCUCCCGGUGGAGUUCUGCUGCUGCAGCCUCGGGAUGAGAGCAGUUCUGUUCGGAUUAAAUAGGUAACUAGGUUUUUAGGGCUGUUCUCUGAUGAUCAAGUUUUCGCCUGUGUAUUUCAAAAGUAAUUUCACAUUUGAAGAGACAAUUCCUGUUUUUGCCAGGACUGUUGACUUCAUCCCCAAUCCAAGAAAGUGAACAUUUUUCUUCCUCUAUGGAAAAUCCAAAGAGUGCAAUCAAGUUGAAGAAAACAUUUCCACUGCUUAAAGAGAUACCUGCCAACUAUAUUAUUCACCUCUCCCAAUGGGAUUUUCCCUUAGUAAAUCUGCCACUCGGGUAUCUGCUAUGCAUGUGGAUUCAAAAGUGGACGAUCAUUUAAUGCAAGGGACUGAGAAAAGCAAGUUGGAACCAGUGACUCAGUUAUUUCAAAACAUCAAGAAAAUAAGAUUAGAAAACACAAGCCAAGAAAACUUUACAAGAAGUAAAGAGAUUGGCACAGGAUCUCUUUCAGAGAAAACCUUGGGUUCUGUAGUAUAUGUUAAAGAAAAUGAUGGAAUAGAAAUGACAGAUGUGGAAUGAAGUUAUUUGUACAUUCUGCCAAAGAAAUUGCUUUUGACUAAGAGAGCAUGUUGAAUGAGAACUUAACCUUAUUAGGAAAACCUAACAAAAUGAAGGAUGAUGAUGCUUAUUUUUCACUAUUUAUGAAUCACCUUAGACUGCACUUUUUUGAUACAUAUUCAAAACAGUUGUUUUAGGGGAAAAAAACUUUUCAAAAUUCAAAGCAAAAUUCUCUGGUAUUCUAUCCUUGUCAAAAAUCAGAAAUUUUUGAUUAACAGUAUUUAAAUGGUACUAAAACAUUUUGAUUAUAAUGUUUCUCUAACAAGUGAUCAAAAACAGUGGCUGAACAAUUUGACAUCUGUAUUUCAUACUAUUUCUAGUGUACCAAUUUUUUAAUAUUUCAAGUUUGGGAUUUUGCUUUAGGGUACUUUAUCUUACUGCAGUUUUGCAUUUCUGUUCUGUAAAAGAUCACUUCACAUAAACCCUGCAAAAGACCAGUAAAUUACAUAUCUUGAGAAGCAUUUCACAUUUUAAAUCAUCCUUUUUAAAACUAUUUUUCCCCACAUUGAAUUCAUUUCAGAGUUACAAAAUAGUUAUUUCCAAGUCUAAUGGUUUAUCUUAUAGAUACUACCAUUUUAUACCACCAAUAUUUAAUGUAAGAAAAAUAGUCUUGUGUUAAAAAAUUCUUGUUUUUGGAUGGAACUGGAGAGUGUGAUGCUAAGUGAAA